UGUAACCUAAAUGCCGUUCCUUUCUCAAAUCACACAAUGAGUGAUAUGUUGGACCAUGAUGCAAGCAUCACUGUAGCCUGUAACAUGGGCUACUCUACCGGUAUGGGCAUUCUAACAGAGCUCAUGUGUAGUAAUGGGACCCUUUCUACAUCUCCUCCUGUCUGUUAUGGAAUUUGUGAACUUGGUGUGAUAAGAUUUUCCAAUCAGUCUACUAAUCUUAUAGUCAGCCAUGAUGAGAGUGUUAUUGUUACCUGUGACCAGGGUUACUCCAUUGAAUUUCAAUCAUUUAUAGAGCUCACAUGUUCUAAUGGUAUUCUAUCUCCACCACCACCUUCUACAUGUAUUGAAAACGUCUAUCUGGAUUUUGGAUCAGAUAUUGAUGAUGAGGUUAUUUUUCAAUCUAAUUCCUUGGCCUGGGGAUGUGUUGAUGUGGUAUCCUGUAUUUCUAUUGGUAAUGGACAUUUGUACACAGCAAUACGGUUCACAUCGACGGGUAUGAUUGAGUUCUCCAACCAAGCAUGCUCACAAAAUAGAUCAAUGAUUCAAUACACAAAUCCUUCGCUCUUCAUGACCACUGAUGACGCAGCCAUUGCAGUUCUGGGAGCUCCAGUCGACCUCAGCAUUGGUGAUCCAAAAAUAUUUUAUCAGUUUCAAGAUAACUUUGACAGUAGCAGUGGAGGAUCAUUUAUUUCUGACUUGAUGAGCAGAUUAAGCAUGAUAGAUUCUGAACUGAAUGACACCAAUCCAAUAGUAGCACUUAAGAUCACAUGGGUUGGGAUUCAGCCACCAGGAUCAUUAGGAGACGAGACAAAUAGAUUUCAAGCUAUUGUAUUCAGUGAUGGUGUCAGGACAGGAAUACUGAUGAACUAUCGUGAAGGUGAUCUUCAAUGGCAAUCAACUACAAAAGAAAUUUCAGCUCGAGUUGGAUACAACAUCAUUGAAAGUGUAUCAAAUCUAUAUGAGAGCAAUGAUGAAGGAACAAGAGAUCUUAGUUAUAGCCGGGACACACGCAUUGGAAACACUGGUCAGAUGGGUAGCUAUAUCUACCGUCUGGAUACAAACACAGCUGAUUAUAUCAAUCCUUGCGUUGGAUGUUUAACUUGGUAUGAGGAGGACCUGGCUAAUACAUACAACUAUUCCACUGCUUCUGUGUGUCCCUGUACAAGACCCCAGGCUGCUAGGGAUAUUAACUUCAGAAAGUGUGUGUUUCCAAGGGGCAGAGAUACAGACUUCAGUAGUUCCAGCUAUGGUUCAGUACAGUGUUACCAGUCUUCCACAGAUAUAGAUGAGGGAUACCGAUGUACGUAUAUCAGUAAAGCCCUUGUCACAGAGUACCAGAGCUUGUGGGAGUCCAGUAAUUUUGUUGCAGUUUUGAUUCCAAACAACAGAAACCCAUUGUAUGAUGAUUGGAAACGUGAAGAUGUAUUUCCUAGAGAGAUGUGUUGUAUGAUGACAUCUGGUCUACAAGGUGAAUACUAUUGUAAUCUUUAUCAAGAACGUCGUCCACAGAUUACAAGUUGUGAUGGCUACAACCCUCCUACUGCUGGUCAGGGAGAAGGUGACCCACAUUUUCAAACAAUUGAUGGGAAGAAAUACACUUUCAAUGGAUUAGGGGAGUACAAAAUACUUCGAUACACUGAUGGCAAUCCAUUUACUGUUCAGAUGCGGACAGGUAGAGCAUUCAAGAAUGGAGUACCCAUUAAUUCUGGGACAGUGUUCACUGGAGUUGCUGCAACACAAGGCCGCACAGAGAUGUCACUUAUUUUGAAUGAUGAAAGAACAGCCGUGCUUUUAUCUAUCAAUGGGACUGCAGUUAAUAUUAGUACUUUACUCACAGAUGGUUAUGUUUCGUCUGACCCAACCUUCACAAUUCGCAUUGAUGAUGAAGAAGUUUCGACUGUAGAUGACCUUAGGAUCAUUGCAAUCUUCAAUGUGCCAGACUACCCAAGCUCUGGAAUUUAUGCACGUUUUACAAAUGGAUUGUUGUCAUCACAAGUUUUUAUUGCUCGAGAGUAUGCCACUAGUGGAACAGCAAAUGGCCUAUUAGGCUUGAUUAAUGGAGAUGCAACUGAUGAUUUCCAGUUCCAGAAUGAAACCAUUCUAAUGGACACAAUUGAGGGAAAUUUAACAGAAGAACAAAUCUUUGAAUUUGGACAAAGUUGGAUGACUACAGCAGCUGAAUCUAUUUUUGAAUACUAUGAUCGCGAUUGGGCUUAUUAUAAUGAUCCCAGCUUUGUACCUCAGUUCUUUUCAAGCCUAGAAGCCGCUGAUCCAGUAUUAGCAGAACAAGCUCGAGCAACAUGUGGCAAUAAUACAGCAUGCAUAUUUGAUACCUUGGCAGUAGAUGCCUUGCUUGGUCUUCAUACAUUAAAUUCAGAAAAUUCUUUUGAAGCUGUGUUGCAUGACUUAGACAACUUUCCACCAAACAUCACAUCAGUUGUUGAGAACACUUUAACUGAAGCCUUAGCAGAGAGUGAUAUCGGUGUACUACAUGUUACUGUUGGACAAUUAGUUUCUUUACAAAUUACUGCAUCGGAUCCUAACGAGGGAGAUGUUAUACAGUUUUCAUUGGAACAUUCUGUUCCAAAUGCAACUAUAGAUAAUGAAACUGGUGUAUUUGAAUGGACUCCUCAAAGCAUAGAAGAUACUUCACAGAGGAUUGUAAUUGUAGCCGGAGAUUCUACUGGAGCGAAUGCAUUGCUAAUCUAUAAAGUUAAGAUUUGUGAGUGUUUCAAUGAGGGAACAUGUCAGUUCAACACAGAAGCAACAAAUCAAGACCUCAACAACAAUGGAUUUGCUGUUGUUAUUUGUGAAUGUACAGCCGGCUGGACAGGUGAUCAUUGUGAUAUAGACUUUAAUCCAUGUGAUGGUUAUUGUUACGAUCAAGUUCUCUGCACUGACAAUUUACCACCAGCAUUGGAUGCCAUAUGUGGACCAUGCCCGUCACAUCUUACAGGAGAUGGUCGACAAUGCACCAAUAUUGAUGAAUGUGCAAACAACACACUAAAUGAAUGUGAUCAGAUGUGUACUGAUAAACUUGAUGGGUAUGAUUGUUCAUGUAAUGAUGGCUAUAUACUACAUCCUGAUCAACGGGGCUGCAUUGAUAUUGAUGAAUGUAGAAAUGUAACUACACAUGCAUGCAGAAACAACAGUCGUUGUAACAAUAUUAUGGGUUCAUUUGAAUGCUAUUGUGAAGAUGGAUUCUCACCAAUUACAAAUGAUAAUACAAACUGCGAAGAUAUUGAUGAGUGCAGUGACAUGAGUUCAUGUGAUCCGCAGGCAACAUGCACAAACAAUAUUGGCUCUUUCUUAUGCACAUGUAAUGAAGGUUACUUUGGAAAUGGAACGACAUGUUCAGAUGUAAAUGAGUGUCUGGACCCACUUGCAAAUGACUGUGCCAUAGAAGCGAGCUGUACUAAUGAAGUAGGAGGCUUUUCAUGUACAUGUGAUGAUGGAUGGUCUGGGAAUGGAACCUUCUGUGAUAAUAUUGAUGAGUGCUCUAAUAGCAUGGAUGAUUGUAGCAAUGAUGCAGCGUGUAUGGACAACAAUGGCAGCUAUGUUUGCAUCUGUAAUGAUGGGUAUAUCGGGAACGGAAGGGAAUGCUUCGACAUCGAUGAGUGUGCUACUGAACAAGAUAACUGCACCACAUUGGCUCAAUGUCUCAACACAAAUGGAUCGUUUGUUUGUGAGUGCUUAGAUGGAUAUGGCUUUGAUGUACAAGGAAUAGAGUGUGAAGAUAUCAAUGAAUGUGAGGGUGUUCCUGGCUGUGAUCCCGAUGCAUCAUGCAUGAAUACAAAUGGCUCAUUUAUUUGUUCAUGUGACAAUGGAUAUGAAGGAAAUGGAACGUUCUGUCAAGAUAUAAAUGAAUGUGAUCUUGGUACUCAUGAAUGUCAGCAGAUGUGUGUUAAUGAUAUUCCUGGAUUUAAUUGCACCUGUUUUGAAGGGUUCCAGUUAGAGAAUGAUGGUACAUGUAAUGUGUCUUCUUCUGCCAUGUGUAACUUAACAAUGCAAUCAGUUUGUGGAAUGGUUGCUUGUAUUGUGCAAUCAGGAGAACCCAGUUGUGUGUGUGAGGCAGGAUUUCAGUUCAAUACAACUCUUCAAAUGUGUGAAGAUAUUGAUGAAUGCAGUGGGAACAAUACAUGUGAGUCAGAUAAUCUGUGUGAGAACUUUGAUGGAGGAUAUAAUUGUACCUGCAAUUCUGGAUAUGAACUUGAUGCAAAUGGAAGAACAUGCUCAGAUAUUGAUGAAUGUCAACUAGGUUCUCAUAGCUGUGAUAUGAAUGCUACAUGUAUAAACUCUGAAGGAAACUACACUUGUUCUUGUAAUUCUGGCUUCAUGGGAGAUGGAAAUACAUGUAUUGAUGUGGAUGAGUGCAUGUCUCAAACUCCAUGCUCCAUGAAUGCAAAUUGUACAGAUAUAACAGGCUCAUUCACCUGCACAUGUCAUUCUGGAUACACUGGAGAUGGAUUCAAUUGUGUUGAUAUCGAUGAAUGUGAACUUGGAAGCAAUAACUGUCAUAUGAAUGCUGACUGUAUCAACAAUAAUGGAAGCUUCUAUUGUCUUUGUGAUCCUGGCUUUUCAGGAGAUGGACUUACAUGUGAAAAUAUUGACGAAUGUGACUCAAUGCCUUGUGGAGAAAAUGCUGACUGUACAGACGAUGAUGGUUCGUUCACAUGCUCCUGUCAAUUAGGAUACCAAGGAGAUCCUUAUAUGAGUUGCAUCGACAUCAAUGAGUGCCAGAACCCAGCAUUGUUCUCAUGUCAUGCACUCGCAUCUUGUGUAAACACUCCUGGUAACUUCACGUGUGAAUGUGAUGAGGGCUACGAGGGUGAUGGGACUAAUGAUUGCUCAGAUCGUAAUGAAUGUGAUGACAUCCUUGAGUUUUGUGGACCUUCUAGCACCUGUGUAAACUCUGACGGAUCCUAUGAAUGUAUGUGCCUUGAAGGUUUCUUGAAAGAGUCUGUGGACAGUAAUUGUACUGAUUUUAAUGAAUGUGACACCGUUCAAAACACCUGUCCCCCUGAUGUCUCUACAUGCACUAACAUAGAUGGUGAUUUCAACUGUACAUGUGACGUAGGGUAUGAUAAUGACACACCCAAAUCUUGCAUUGACAUAAAUGAGUGUGACGAUGGUACAAACAACUGUACAGUCAGUGAAGAUUGUAUCAAUGUUGUUGGAGGUUUUAGGUGUAUUUGCAGCGAAAACUUCACUGAAAUUGAUGGAAGCUGUGAAGCUUCAUUAUCUUUGGAAUUGAGAGUGAGAUUUGAAGCUAUCCUGGGACUUGUUGUUCCAGCCAGCCCAACUGUUCUUGAUUCUUCUGCAAAUCUUAAUCAAUUUGAAGCAGAUAUGCUCUCAUUCCUUCAAAGUACUUCAGAACUUGGAUUAAACAGCCUUGCUGUAACAGUACUAAAUGUGAAUGUGACCGGUCAGUAUGCAUAUGUAGACUUCAGGGUUGAUGUCAACACAACGUUGAGUAUGAAUAACAUGGAGUUAGAAUCAGUGUUUUUCAAUUCUCUUCCGGAUAACCAGCGGUUUGGAUCUCUUGCCCAACAAAAUGUGGUUAGUCAAGAGGAUGUUGAUGAAUGUAUGGAUGAUACUGAGCUUUGCAGCAAUGGAACUUGUACAAACACUAUUGGAUCUUUCUUCUGCACAUGCAAUGAAGGAUAUAUGGAAGAUGAUGCAGGCACUGCUUGUUUAGACAUUAAUGAAUGUGAUGAUUCAAGCCUGUGUACGAAUGGCGAGUGUGAAAACAACAAUGGUUCAUUUUCUUGCAUUUGUAAUGAAGGAUUUGAAAUCAAUGAUUCAGGUGAUCAGUGCCAAGAUAUCAAUGAGUGCAAUGGUGAUAAUGAAUGCACCGGGACUGGAAUAUGCAUGAACACCGAAGGAUCAUACACAUGUACUUGUAUUCCAGGAUAUCAACCCAGCCCAAGUAUGACUUCUUGUGAAGAUAUUAAUGAGUGUUCUAAUGAUCCUUCACUCUGUGCUAAUGGAAUAUGUGUCAAUACACAGUCAUCAUAUAUCUGCAUGUGUAAUGAAGGAUUUGUAGAGUCUAGCAAUGGACGAGCUUGUGAUGACAUAGACGAGUGUCUGGAAAGCCCUUGCGGUAAUGGGACCUGCACCAAUAACAAUGGAUCUUACACAUGUGCCUGUAAUGAAGGUUUUGAAUUGAGUAUUAAUGGCAGUACAUGUUCAGAUAUUGAUGAAUGUGCUGGAAAUGUUAAUCCCUGUUUCAAUGGAACCUGUACCAAUACCAUCGGAUCAUAUACAUGCAACUGCAGCACUGGAUUUACUUUGAGUAAUGAUAGCAGUACAUGUGGGGUUUCAUGUGGUUCUUCUGUGUGUCAAAAUGGUGGGACAUGCACAGGUCCCAAUGUAUGUUCCUGUAUUACUGGAUUCAAUGGGUCUGUGUGUGAGAAUAAUAUAGAUGAUUGUUCCCCUGAUCCUUGCAUGAAUGGAGCAACUUGUAUUGAUGGUGUUGACAGUUUCAACUGUUCCUGUGUGUCUGGUUAUACUGGAAACCUAUGUCAAACAGAUAUUGAUGAAUGUACUGAGGAUUCAACUCUUUGUACCAAUGGAAGAUGUUUCAAUCUCAAUGGAACUUUCACCUGCAUAUGCAACGCUAAUUUCACAUUGACGAAUGGAAGUGCCUGCACUGCUAUCACAAAUGACCUUGCAACGAGUAAAGUGAGGGUGAAUAUUACAGGAACUACACUAAAUGGAGAACCAUUAGUAUACACUACAGACUUGACUAAUAGGUCAUCGGCCAUAUUCGUGGAAUUAGAAAUUAAAUUCUGUUUUGUGUUUAGGGAAUAUGUGAGGAACCUCUUGGGUCAACAGCUGGAAGCGUCUAAUUGCAUUGUGAUAGCAUUUAGCCAAGGCAGUGUGGUUGCUGAUAUAGAAAUGGAACUGGGUGCUGGCACCCAAGAUACUGCAGACGGACUUGCACUAACUUUAACUGAAAUGGCCAACAACUUUAGUGGAUCUUUAUCAGCUGAUGGACAAACCCUUGAUGCAAAUAUAGCAAUAAAUGUUCAAUGUGAUCAGACGAAUUGUCAGAAUGGAGGAUCUUGUACUACUUCAGGAGACCCAUGUGAUUGCCUGGCUGGUUUCAAUGGGGAUCUAUGCCAAAAUGAUAUCAAUGAAUGCCUGUCAGAUCCUUGCAUGAAUGGAGGGAAUUGCACGGAUGGGGUUGACUACUUCAACUGUACUUGUCCAGAUGGUUACAAUGGAACUAUGUGUGAAACAGAUAUUGACGAGUGUCAAGCAAGUAAUCCUUGUGUAAAUGGAAAUUGCAUGAAUAACAUGGGAUCAUAUACAUGCAACUGUUACAACGGAUAUAUGCUAAGUCCUGAUGGAAGUACAUGCAUUGAUAUUGAUGAAUGCCUUGGGGACAACCCCUGCGUCAAUGGAACAUGUGAUAAUACUAAUGGAUCUUACACUUGCAACUGUACUGUUGGCUUUCAGCUAAGUUCUAAUAACAGUACAUGUGAUGUUGAGUGUGGUAAUUUAGUUUGUGAGAAUGGUGGAUCAUGUAUAGACGGUAACUGUUCUUGUGUGGCGGGAUUCAAUGGAACUAUGUGUGAAAACAAUAUUGAUGAUUGUUUACCGGAUCCCUGUGUGAAUGGAGGGAAUUGCACGGAUGGGGUUGACUACUUCACCUGCACUUGUCCAGAUGGUUACAAUGGAACUAUGUGUGAAACAGAUAUCGAUGAGUGCUCAGGAACUAAUCCUUGUGACCAGGGCAAUUGCACUAAUACCAAUGGAUCAUAUACAUGCAGUUGCUACAGUGGUUUUAUGCUAAGCCCAGAUGACAGUACAUGCAUUGAUAUUGACGAGUGUGCAGGAAAUAAUCUGUGUAUAAAUGGCACAUGCGACAAUGAAUCUGGAUAUUAUACUUGCACCUGUGAUGAUGGAUUCAUGUUAAGUAUUGAUAACAGUACAUGCAUUGAUAUUGAUGAGUGCUUGGAAACUAAUCCUUGUGGAAAUGGUACAUGUAGUAAUAACAAUGGAUCUUAUACAUGUAGCUGUGAUAAUGGUUAUGAGUUAAGCAUUGAUGCCAGUACAUGCAAUGAUAUGGAUGAGUGUACUGGUUCUAAUCCUUGUGUAAAUGGUACAUGUAAUAAUAAUGAUGGAUCCUAUACAUGUAGCUGUGACUCUGGUUUUAUGUUCAAUGGCAGUACAUGCAAUGAUAUUGAUGAGUGUACUGGAUCUAAUCCUUGUGGAAAUGGAAGCUGUAGUAAUAAUGAUGGAUCCUAUACAUGUAGCUGUAACAUUGGUUUUAUGUUUAAUGGCAGUACAUGCAAUGAUAUUGAUGAGUGUUCUGGAUCUAAUCCUUGUGUAAAUGGUACAUGUAUUAAUAAUGAUGGAUCCUAUACAUGUAGCUGUGACUCUGGUUUUAUGUUUAAUGGCAGUACAUGCAAUGAUAUUAAUGAGUGUUCUAAUGAUCCUUCACUCUGUGCUAAUGGAAUAUGUGUCAAUACACAGUCAUCAUAUAUCUGCAUGUGUAAUGAAGGAUUUGUAGAAUCUAGCAAUGGACGAGCUUGUGAUGACAUAGACGAGUGUCUGGAAAGCCCUUGCGGUAAUGGGACCUGCACCAAUAACAAUGGAUCUUACACAUGUGCCUGUAUUGAAGGUUUUGAAUUGAGUAUUAAUGGCAGUACAUGUUCAGAUAUUGAUGAAUGUGCUGGAAAUGUUAAUCCCUGUUUCAAUGGAACCUGUACCAAUACCAUCGGAUCAUAUACAUGCAACUGCAGCACUGGAUUUACUUUGAGUAAUGAUAGCAGUACAUGUGGGGUUUCAUGUGGUUCUUCUGUGUGUCAAAAUGGUGGGACAUGCACAGGUCCCAAUGUAUGUUCCUGUAUUACUGGAUUCAAUGGGUCUGUGUGUGAGAAUAAUAUAGAUGAUUGUUCCCCUGAUCCUUGCAUGAAUGGAGCAACUUGUAUUGAUGGUGUUGACAGUUUCAACUGUUCCUGUGUGUCUGGUUAUACUGGAAACCUAUGUCAAACAGGUAAGUCGUGUGUGACUGGUUAUACCAGAAACCUAUGUCAAACAGGUAAGUCGUGCGUGUCUGAUUAUACUGGACACCUGUGUCAAACAGGUAAGUCGUGCAUGUCUGGUUAUACUGGAAACCUAUGUUCCCCUGAUCCUUGCAUGAAUGGAGCAACUUGUAUUGAUGGUGUUGACAGUUUCAACUGUUCCUGUGUGUCUGGUUAUACUGGAAACCUAUGUCAAACAGAUAUUGAUGAAUGUACUGAGGAUUCAACUCUUUGUACCAAUGGAAGAUGUUUCAAUCUCAAUGGAACUUUCACCUGCAUAUGCAACGCUAAUUUCACAUUGACGAAUGGAAGUGCCUGCACUGCUAUCACAAAUGACCUUGCAACGAGUAAAGUGAGGGUGAAUAUUACAGGAACUACACUAAAUGGAGAACCAUUAGUAUACACUACAGACUUGACUAAUAGGUCAUCGGCCAUAUUCGUGGAAUUAGAAAUUAAAGUCUGUUUUGUGUUUAGGGAAUAUGUGAGGAACCUCUUGGGUCAACAGCUGGAAGCGUCUAAUUGCAUUGUGAUAGCAUUUAGCCAAGGCAGUGUGGUUGCUGAUAUAGAAAUGGAACUGGGUGCUGGCACCCAAGAUACUGCAGACGGACUUGCACUAACUUUAACUGAAAUGGCCAACAACUUUAGUGGAUCUUUAUCAGCUGAUGGACAAACCCUUGAUGCAAAUAUAGCAAUAAAUGUUCAAUGUGAUCAGACGAAUUGUCAGAAUGGAGGAUCUUGUACUACUUCAGGAGACCCAUGUGAUUGCCUGGCUGGUUUCAAUGGGGAUCUAUGCCAAAAUGAUAUCAAUGAAUGCCUGUCAGAUCCUUGCAUGAAUGGAGGGAAUUGCACGGAUGGGGUUGACUACUUCAACUGUACUUGUCCAGAUGGUUACAAUGGAACUAUGUGUGAAACAGAUAUUGACGAGUGUCAAGCAAGUAAUCCUUGUGUAAAUGGAAAUUGCAUGAAUAACAUGGGAUCAUAUACAUGCAACUGUUACAACGGAUAUAUGCUAAGUCCUGAUGGAAGUACAUGCAUUGAUAUUGAUGAAUGCCUUGGGGACAACCCCUGCGUCAAUGGAACAUGUGAUAAUACUAAUGGAUCUUACACUUGCAACUGUACUGUUGGCUUUCAGCUAAGUUCUGAUAACAGUACAUGUGAUGUUGAGUGUGGUAAUUCAGUUUGUGAGAAUGGUGGAAUAUGUAUAGACGGUAACUGUUCUUGUGUGGCGGGAUUCAAUGGAACUAUGUGUGAAAACAAUAUUGAUGAUUGUUUACCGGAUCCCUGUGUGAAUGGAGGGAAUUGCACGGACGGGGUUAACUACUUCACCUGCACUUGUCCAGAUGGUUACAAUGGAACUAUGUGUGAAGAAGAUAUCGAUGAAUGCUCAGGAACUAAUCCUUGUGACCAGGGCAAUUGCACUAAUACCAAUGGAUCAUAUACAUGCAGCUGCUACAAUGGUUUUAUGCUAAGCCAAGAUGAAAGUACAUGCAUUGAUAUCGAUGAGUGUACUGGAUCUAAUCCUUGUGUAAAUGGUACAUGUAAUAAUAAUGAUGGAUCCUAUACAUGUAGCUGUGACUCUGGUUUUAUGUUCAAUGGCAGUACAUGCAAUGAUAUUGAUGAGUGCUCCGGAACUGAUCCUUGUGUAAAUGGUACAUGUAAUAAUAAUGAUGGAUCCUAUACAUGUAGCUGUGACUCUGGUUUUAAGUUCAAUGGCAGUACAUGCAAUGAUAUUGAUGAAUGCUCCGGAACUAAUCCUUGUGUAAAUGGUGCAUGUAAUAAUAAUGAUGGAUCCUAUACAUGUAUCUGUGACUCUGGUUUUAUGUUCAAUGGCAGUACAUGCAAUGAUAUCAAUGAGUGUACUGGAUCUAAUCCUUGUGUAAAUGGUGCAUGUAAUAAUAAUGAUGGAUCCUAUACAUGUAGCUGUGACUCUGGUUUUAUGUUCAAUGGCAGUACAUGCAACGAUAUCGAUGAGUGCUCUGGAUCUAAUCCUUGUGUAAAUGGUACAUGUAGUAAUAAUGAUGGAUCCUAUACAUGUAGCUGUGACAUUGGUUUUAUGUUCAAUGGCAGUACAUGCAAUGAUAUCGAUGAGUGUACUGGUUCUAAUCCUUGUGUAAAUGGUACAUGUAUUAAUAAUGAUGGAUCCUAUACAUGUAGCUGUGACACUGGUUUUAUGUUUAAUGGCAGUACAUGCAACGAUAUUGAUGAGUGUGCUGGAACUAAUCCUUGUGGAAAUGGAUCAUGUAGUAAUAGCAUUGGAUCUUAUACAUGUAGCUGUAACAAUGGUUUUGAGUUAAGCCUUGAUGCCAGCACAUGCAUUGACAUUGAUGAAUGUGCAGUAAAUAAUCCAUGUGUAAAUGGGGUAUGUAGUAAUAACAAUGGAUCCUAUACAUGCAGCUGUAACAGUGGUUUUGAGUUGAGCCUUGACGCCAGUACAUGCAAUGAUAUUGAUGAAUGUGCCGGAAAUAAUCCUUGUGUAAAUGGAAGCUGUACUAAUAACAAUGGAUCCUAUACAUGUAGCUGUGAUAGUGGUUUUGUGUUUAAUGGCAGUACAUGCAAUGACAUAGAUGAUUGUUCUACUACUCCUUGUGCCAAUGGAGGUACCUGUACUGAUGGAUUGAAUAGUUUCACUUGUUCCUGUGCUUCAGGGUUCAGUGGGGAUAACUGUACAGAUGUGACCUGUGGCACAAUUAGUUGUCAGAACGGUGGAACAUGUACAACCCCUGAACAGUGUGAUUGUGUUGCUGGUUUCAAUGGUACUAUGUGUGAGAAUAAUAUUGAUGACUGUUCUCCUGAUCCAUGUUUGAAUGGGGUUUGCGUUGAUGGUGUGAAUUCCUUCUCAUGUAACUGUACUACUGGUUUUACUGGAGACACAUGUCAAACAGAGCUAUGUGGUUCCAAUGCAUGUCAGAAUGGCGGAACAUGUGCAAAUGCAAAUACUGGCCAAUGUUCAUGUGUUACUGGUUACACUGGUAAUAUGUGUGAGAUAAAUAUUGAUGAUUGUUCUCCUAACCCCUGUGAAAAUGGAGGAUCUUGUACUGAUGGUCUCAAUUCCUUCACAUGUUCCUGUCCUACUGCAUUUACUGGAAUUACGUGUCAAACAGAUGUUGACGAGUGUGUUGAUUCAAGUCUCUGUACCAAUGGCAGAUGUGUUAAUCUUGCUGGCUCCUACACAUGUGUAUGCAAUAGCGGUUUUACAUUGACAAAUACAGAUUCUUGCACGGCUAUCUCAUCAUCCCUUGCUUCAAGUUCAAUAAGGAUUCGGCUAACGGGAGUAAGUCUGAAUGGUGUUCCUCUUACAUUCACUGCUGACUUAACAAAUAGAUUAUCAGCCUUAUUCAUGGAAUAUGAUACUUCUUACUGCUUCAUUUUCACAAACUAUGUAAGUGCAUCAUUGGCAAUUGGCCCUCCAAGUUGUGAAGUGGUUAGAUUCAGCCAGGGUAGUGUUAUUGGUGUCCUUGACCUUACAAUUGCCGCUGCAACCCAGACCUUAGCUGAUGAUCUUGCGCUGGAAGUAACAACACUGUCUACCAACUCUCUACAAGCAUCAUUUAAUGGUAUUACUCUAGUGGGAUCCUUUAAUGCUAAUGUUCAAUGUGAUCAGACGAAUUGUCAGAAUGGAGGAUCUUGUAUUACUGCAGGAGACCCAUGUGAUUGCCUGGCUGGUUUCAAUGGGGAUCUAUGCCAAAAUGAUACCGGCAAUUCAGGGCUGUCUGUUGGAGCCAUAAUUGGUAUUGCACUGGGAGUAUUUGGAUUUGUUAUCAUAAUAGUUGGCUGUGUCUGCUGUAUGUUCCUCCAAAGCUUCAGACAAAAUCAAGCAACAAAAGCCAUGCUCUCGGAUGGACGUUAUGACUAUCCAUCUUUCAAUAUGAAUGGCUCCUAUGAUGGUUCUGAAGAGUAUGAUUCUUUUGAAGGACGUCGUAUGGCUGUGGGUCAAGCUUUGGAUCGCCUUCGUGGAAAUGGAGCAAUGUAUAAUGGCAAUGGAAGAUCGCCUGAGGAAGGCCGCAAUUUCAGGACGCCAUACGUUGUCGGCGAUAGAGAUACGGAAAACGGAGUGGAGCGAAAUCCUGUCUACUUUUAAUUGAUGCAAAGUUAACUUUCUAACAGAGAACCAACAUGACAACUGGACAUAGAGCUAUAUAUCUAUGUUUUACAGAAUAAUGUUCUUUUUAUUUCGAGUAUUGUAGUUAAGAACAUCAAUCAUUUUCAUUCUUUUUUUUCAUUUGGUUUAUAUAAUGACUCAUUUAAAUGUUUAUUUCUCCUUUUUAUAACCUAUUUGUUUUACAUCUGAUGUCUGUUUCUCCCUUUUUCAUGGCAUAUAUAUUAUACAACGUACAACACCUAUCUACCUAUUUAUCUAUUUGAAGGAACAUUUUUUAAUCAUUACAUAGAUUUGUCUACAUUCUGUCACAAUAUUUACUAUUUUUUUACAUUCAGUACUAUGCAAUUUUUUUAAAUAUUCAUUUUUGUAAAAAGAAAAAACAAUAUGGCGCGUAUUCUGAAGUCAGGUUUAACUCUGUGCUAAAAUUAUGGGAAGCCAAAAGUGUCAAAAUUUUUAUUAAGUUGUAUGUUUCUUAUGUUUACUGUGCUCUUUACUGAUUCAUCGAUGGUGAAGACAAUCAUCUAUUUACACUUCCUAGACAAUUAUGAAUUAUUUGAGAGCCAAAUUAUCUAAAACAUUAUAUCUCUACUGUUAGUGAUUUAUAUAACAAUUGGCUAUCCAUACUUAAAACACAACUUGAAACCUGAGUUUAAGUUAAACCCGACUUCAGAAUUCGGGCCUAUGAGUCUUUUUAUUGAUUAAUGAAUGAUAUAUAGUUGUGGUUUUUUUUAAUGGAGAUAAUGUACUACAUGUUAGUGUAUUUGAGUUAAUCAAGGUUUGUAAAUUUAUCACUUUCCGUUUUCCACUGUUACUUUAUAUGGAUGCCCACUUUAUAUGAUAAUAAUAUGGUCUUAAAUGAAUGAAAUCCCUUUUUCAUAAAUCUAUUAGUCAAUUCAAAUUUUAGGGGCUCCUUUGGCCUAAAAAGAGUAAAUGGGGUACAUUUUAUGGUUAAAAUACUGGAAUGGUUAAAAUACUGGAAUUCCAUUAAAACUGGAUGACUAUAGAUAAGAUAGUUCAGUAAAACAACCGUAGGCAUAAAUGUAUUUAGAAGAAUGUGCAAUGGAGUCAUCUCCUCAUUGUACAAUAAUUGGAAUUUCUGCUCAAAGAAUAUGAAAAUAUGAUUGAUUUACUGUUUUUAUGUUAAGGAUCCCAUAUUUGUAAUUCAUUCUGUAACAAGGGGCAUAUUUUGUGUACACAAGCACAUGUAUUCAAAUGUAAAAUGACAAUGAUUUUAGAUCACAAAAUACACAAGAAUAGCUCUAGAUAUCCAAAUCAUUACCUCUCUUAUUGCACAUUCAAAGUGAAUACAUGUGUGAUGUGUUACACAGAAAUAACAAAAAAACUCUACUUCCCAUACCUCAAUAUGUUACUUUUGACUUUUGAUGAAAUCUCUAGUCUUUCUUGCUAUCAUAUUCAUUAUAAUUUUAGGCUAGGUACUAAAGCAUAUUACUAUUUCAUAUUACUCAUAAUUUGUAGAUUUCUGUUUGGAAGUAUUAUUACCUAUGACAUACACAGUAAUCCAAUAAUUGUUUUGUAAAGUACUAUGGUUAUUAUGUCUUUAAAAUAGUACUGUCUCUUUUGCAGUUAUUUCUUUGUUCUGAAUACCAGGAAUCACACAUGAUUGGAAAGAUAUGUGUUUUAACAAAUGAUGUGUUUUCUAGUGCAGUAUCUUUUUGUUAAAGGCCUAUCACUACAGUUUCCAAAUCAGCAAGUGACUGUAAACUGACAUCUCUUUAUUAAAACUUUGUUAGUAUCAUUUACUUUGGCACAUGUUAUAUCUAAACUAUGAAAUUUUGUUGAAGGUUAACAAGUAAAGAAAAACUAAUUAUACUAAUAGUUGAAAUUAACAUUUGUUGCUGAUUUGAAGAACGAUAUGAUAAGUGAUUAAUUAAGACAUUAGGGAAGUUACGUGUUAACACUACUGGAGCCGUAUUUGACUGUUCAAAAGGUGAAUGCAUGUGUUAAUUAUAAUUAUACAAUUAUCUUUUUAUAUCUUUGAUUAUAUAAUGUUAUUAUCGAUAACAAUAAAUACCCAGAAUUUUCCAGUGGGAGCUGGAGCUUCAUA